CACACACUCUCUCUCUCUCUCUCCUCUGCCCGUCUUGACCGUAUUUGAUAUUGACAGUGUUCAGGGAGUCAGCACCGGCAAAUCGUCAAACCAACAACAAUUGUAAUUUCCCAUUGGCUUCCAGUUCUUUGUGGAGUAGCUGCAACUGUUGGUGAAGAGAGUGAAGACAACACACUAGUUUACUUCCAGUUUAGUGACAAUUUUUAUUUUAUUUUUUGCAUCACGGCCAAGAUGUUUUUGAACAGAAAAUCAAGAUUUCCUUCUGCAUGGAUGUAAUGCUGUCAGACCACAUCCCUCUCUACUGAGCAUCUCUACAGCCACAAACCAGCCAUGAAGUCGGCUUUGCAAAGGGUAGCAGGCACCACAAUGAGUACAUUAACAACAGGUGUCCAGUAUCUUGGCUCAAACGACGCGAUCUACGACGACGCCUCCAUUGACUCUGGUCUAAUCAAGAACCGAUUCCACUUUGAGAAGCCUCACUCUGCCUCGAUUAGUAACUCCUUUCCCGGACUCGUCCCUGGAAAUAAGGAGGUCAUUUACAGUGGCCUCUCUCCCAUUUUCCCCACAAAUGUAACAGACUUUCUGCUGAGCAAUGGCACCUCUCUCAGUGGAGGGGUGGCACAGUGUGGGGAGGACUUUGUGGACAACAUGGAGUGUUUUAUGAUACUGACACCCGGUCAACAGCUUGCAGUCGUCAUCCUGGCACUCACCCUGGGUACAUUUACAGUGCUGGAAAACCUCAUGGUGCUGUGUGUGAUCCUACACUCCCAGACACUUCGAUCUCGGCCUUCCUAUCACUUCAUAGGAAGCCUGGCUGUGGCUGAUCUAAUAGGCAGCAUCAUUUUUGUCUACAGCUUCCUGGAUUUCCACGUCCUCCACAGGAAGGACAGCCCUAAUAUUUUCCUUUUCAAGCUGGCCGGGGUCACUGCCUCCUUCACCGCCUCUGUUGGCAGUCUGUUUCUCACUGCGAUUGACCGCUACAUCUCCAUCCACAGGCCCAUGUCGUACAAACGCAUCGUCACAAAGACUAAAGCAGUUAUUGCCUUCAGUGUGAUGUGGACCAUCUCUAUCGUUUUCUCACUGCUGCCGCUGCUGGGGUGGAACUGCAAGCGUCUCAACUCAGUCUGCUCGGACAUUUUCCCUCUAAUCGACCAGAAGUACUUGAUGUUCUGGAUCGGGAUGACAACUAUCUUGGUCUUGUUCAUCAUCUACGCCUACAUGUUCAUCCUCUGGAAGUCACACCACCAUGCUGUCCGCAUGCUGAGCCGCAGCUCCCAGAGGAGUGUGAUUGUCUACACUGCAGAGGGAACCAAAGUGCAGACAGUGAGGCCCGAGCAGGCCCGGAUGGACCUCCGUCUAGCUAAAACCCUGGUUCUGAUCCUGGUGGCCCUUAUCAUCUGCUGGGGCCCACUUCUAGCUAUCAUGGUUUACGACCUCUUUGGGAAGGUGAAUGACUUCAUCAAGACUGUGUUUGCUUUUUGCAGCAUGCUCACCCUGCUCAACUCCACCGUGAACCCUGUGAUCUACGCCAUGAGGAGCAAGGACCUGCGCAGGGCCUUCCUCAACAUCUGCCAUAUGUGCCGGGGAACGACGCAGCGUCUGGACAACAGCGCAGAGAGUGACUGGAACAGCAGGAGUGUGAGAGGCACAGCAGGUGGGGCGGGGAAAGAUGGCGCCGGUUGUGGAAAGACUCAAGUAAAAGUAGCCCAGGUUACUGUUUCUGGAGUGACUGAGACUUCUACUGCAGAGCCAGUCUAAGAAAAAAAGCUGCCCUGCUCUGGUAUAACUGUGAAGUUAUUGUAGAAUAGCCCACUAGUGCACUGCAGGUUUCUGUUAAUGUGAAAUGUGCCAAAAAAAAAAAAAGACUUAGAAACAGAACUGAAGAGAUUUUGUUGCUUUUAAGCUGAAAUCUGUAAUAUUUAUAUAUUAUUAUACCCAGCUGUAAGGUAGAGUAUAGUCUCGCAGACCAUCCUCCACAGCACUGAGGAGGAAGGUCUGCCAAGUCCACACACAGCAUUAUGGGAUGGGAGAAAAAUGUGCUCUGGUUUAUUGGCAUUUCUCUAAACCAAAUAGGUACGGUGUGGUGUCUCUGCAAAAUAGCCUUGGGAAGGAACUUGUUUUGGUGGAACAUGUGCAUGUAGGGAGGCAAGCUCUGGAACUAAAAUGGCUGUUGAGUGCAUGAUAAGAAUUUUAUUAAAAAAAGAUAAUAUAAUUUCAUGAGUUCUAGCUUGGAGGAUGUUCCUGAAUCGACCAGUUUAGAAUGCCAACACAAAGAAACUGGAAGGUAAGGGACAUACGGCAGAAAAUAAGGGAGCAAAACCUCCUGUGGCACCGGAACAAUCCCAUAAAUGAAGCGUCGUUGAUACAGACUAGGUGCAGUGUGACGAGACUCUACUGUGCAUUAUCUCUUUACUUUGUUUCGGAGAAAUAGGUUGGUAAAUUGCACAAUCUGAUUGACAAUGCCAAUUUAAUCUUAUUUCAUUCAGUAAACUAUAUAGUCGUACCAGUUUUUUCUGCAACAACAGUUAAAGUUACAGAUGUCAGCUUUAAGUUCUUUUUCACAUUAUAGCAAUAUUGUGGCAGUAAUGCAAGGUGAAAAUGUGUCUCCCUUCAUGUAAAAUGUCAGUUUCCAAUGACAGCUCACUGCUUGUAAGUAAAAUCAGCAUCCCAUUAGUGAUUUGAAAUCAGCUAUUGAUGAUUUUGUAAGACCAUGAUAUUGUAAGAUUUGUCAUUUUUAUGUUAUUUACUAAAUUUAUUGUUUUUUAAACUUGUACUUUGUUAAACAAAAUGAUGAGGCAACUUUGAAUAUGAAAAGCUUUUGGAACUUUAGUCUGUAAUGAUUUGGGAAUGUUACAUUGCUGCUUAUUUCACAUGUGCUUAGAAAACAGUUACAGAAUUUUGUGAGAAGCUACACAGCUUUGGUAUUUCUGUGAAGCAUCCAUUGUGCCAUUGUGUCUCAUAACAUUGUGUAUAAGCAAGGAAGUGUAUUCAAUAAAUCUAUGAAAUGUGUCUAUUUUCAUCAUACUUUUGUCAACAUAUCUGGUGUCUUUUUUUCUCUAUAAAACAAUAAAUUCUCAGCAAACCCUCA